AUGCCCGUAAGUCCGUGGCGCUCCUCCUUCCUCCAGCCUGCCUUUGUCAUCGCCCCCAUGAGGGAGGCAGCAAAGAGCAGAGCAGGACGCUCAACCCCCCUCCUCAAAGUCCUGGGGCACUUGAACAACGAGCACGCCCUGGAUGACCGCAGCACCGCUCAGUGUCGAGUCCAGAUGCAGGUGGUGCAGCAGCUGGAGAUACAGCUGGCCAAAGAGAGCGAGCGACUCCAGGCCAUGAUGACCCACCUGCACAUGCGCCCCUCGGAGCCGAAGCCUUUCAACCAACCUUUGAACCUGGCAUCCAGCGGCUCUUUUCUCAAGCGGGACAGCGACCUCUACCCAGAGGGCCUCCCUCACCCACCCACCUCAGCUGCGACCCCCAUCACUCCGCUGCGCCAGGGACCCUCGGUCAUCAGCUCGUCCAGCCUCCACAGCCACUCCCACGCGCACGCCGUCGGGCCCAUACGUCGGCGCAACUCCGACAAGUACUGCACGCCCAUCGCCUCAGAGCUGGCUCAGAACUGUGAGUUCUACAAGAACGCUGAUGUUAGGCCCCCUUUUACUUACGCUUCUCUUAUACGCCACGCCAUUCUGGAGUCCCCAGACAGACAGUUGACUCUGAACGAGAUCUACAACUGGUUUACACGGAAGUUCGCCUACUUCAGGAGAAACACGGCCACGUGGAAGAAUGCCGUGCGCCACAACCUGAGUCUGCACAAGUGUUUUGUCCGCGUGGAGAACGUGAAGGGGGCCGUGUGGACUGUGGACGAAGUUGAAUACCAAAAGAGGAGACCACCAAAGAUGACCGGGAGUCCAACUCUGGUGAAAAAUAUGAUUUCAGGCCUGGGCUUUGGAUCCCUAAACGCCAGCUACCAGGCAGCCCUGGCAGAGAGCAGUCUGUCCUUGCUCAACAGCUCUUCCCUGGUGAACCCUCCGUCUGCGGCCAGCCUCAACAUGCUACAUGUGGGCCACGACGACGUCAGCUCCACCGUGGAGCAGGUCAACAGCAACGGCAGCUGCAGCCCCACGCUCAGCCCGCAGCAGUACAGCCACGCGGUGCACGUGAAGGAGGAGCCCACCGAGAUCGAGGAGGACUGUCGGCCCAUCUCCCUCCUGGCCGGCGUCACACACGGCCUGCCGCUGUCGAGCGACGACCGUGACCUGGAGGAGGACAUGCCCACCGACGAUCUGGAGUAAGAUGGAUCCAGGGGGCGGGGCUUAGGCAGAGCAGUCUCUGAAGAAGAAACAAUAGCAAAAAGGAAACGAAAACAAGUUUUCUUUCCUUUUUUUUUUUUUUUUCUCGAAUAUUUGUCGUUACGAGCAAGCAACCAAGGAUGACAUUAAGAAACUCCAAGCAGGGUUUUAAAGACCUCCAUCAAGUACUCUAACUCGCCGUAUCACACACACGCACACACACACACACACUCACUCACACACGCACACACUCCGUCACUUGUCCAAGCCUCCUUCCAAACUUCUCUACGGAGACCCCAAGGAGGUUUGGACCCUCCCUCGAGGAUGGCGUGUAUAUAGCUUUGGAGCAUCUGCCCUGGGGGCGGAGUCUAAGGGGGGCUGUGCAGUAUCCCCCCCCCCCACCCCCCCACUUUGGAGUCAAUCAUUUCAUUUACCAAACUCAACUUUUCAGAGAAGACGGACGCUUUCAAAGAAUACCUCGACCCGUGCUCUCUAGGAGGGGGGUGCGCAGCAAGGGGGGUGUGGCUCCUCACUCACGGACAUCUUUUAGGCUUUUAAGUGAGUUAUGAAAAACAAAAAAAAAGAAAGAAGAAGAAGAAGAACACACUGCCCCGGCCACCCAAAAAGACUGCAAGCAAAGGAGCGUCCCCGUUUGGGAUGGAGGGAUGAACACUCGUAGACGGAAACAGCCAGAAAUAUUGUGACAAAAAAAAAAAAAAAGGAACCAGAUGACGAUAUGGAAUAUAACAAGUGUGGUAGCUUUCUUUGUCAGUUUUUUGUUAUGUUGUUAUCAUUCUUUACUUUUUGCGAUGAUUAUUUCCAUGUUAUCUUCCUUCAGGACGUUGUGUUUGUUUGGCACCAUUCCUUUCCUAAAGAGUACGACUAAAGUAGAAAAACGCAGUAUUGUCCCUUCUCCCGUUCACUGCCAAAGUGUCGCCGGGCUAGAAAUGUGGAGAUAGCACUUAAUACCUUUUCCGUGGGUCCAGACAGGAUUAUUUCCAUUUGCUUGUUUUAUUCCGCUUGUUUUUUUCUUUUAGUCAAGAGAUGUGAGUCAUGCUUUAAAAGAAAUGUAUAUGAAUGCAGUCUUAGAGUACCUCAUCCUACUCAAGUUCCAGAUUGACGGGAAGUAGUUUUCGUAGGACACCAAAACAAGGCUGGAUUCAAAGCGCACGUGUUCGAGGAUCGUCACCUGACUUUUAGACAUUUUAAAAAAAAAAAACAUUACCUUUCUCUACAGUGCCAUACCAAAUUGAACAUUUGCUUCGAAAAUAUCUGCUUCUCACUCCCGCAUUCUUUUUUUUUUUUUUUUUUACAGGUAACCAAAGAAAUGUUUAGAAAACCAAAAACCCUUUACUUUGUUAUUAUUUUACUACUAUUAUUAGUAUUAGAGUCUCCCUUCUUAUUCUUUAAAAAACUGGCCAAAAGACAACAAACCAGAAGUUUUGAGCUGUUUUUUUUUUUUUAUUGUGAUGUUUAGUUUGUUUGAAAGUUGAACAGGACUACAGUUGCUGACCACACCCGCAAACCAAAGUGAAAACUGGAAAAUGGACUUGGAAGCUUUUGUCGGUUAAAAACUGCUCGCAUCAGUGAUGAGGCCAAAUACACAGAGGAGUUUUAUUACACUGAAAAGGAAGAAAAAUGGUUAAAACCACUGCAGAGAAAAAAAUAAUCAUAUUUUCAUCUAGUCAUUUACAAAAAAAUUACCACCUUUUUUAAAAAAAAUUCACAUUUUGAUCAUUUUUUUCCCCAAAAAUUCUAUUUUUCUUACAAUUUUUUUUUCCCAUUUACAAAUUAUUUUUCUUCACAAAAUCAAAUUAUCAUCGGAUAUUUUUUUACUCAAAAUAUUAAAACUUUAU